AUGGAGAACAUCCGUCGCCGUCUGGGAGGGGAUCAAGACUUUUACGCGCCUGGAAUUGUUCAAUCGAGAGAAGCUUCACCUGCAAUCUCCAUUCUGUCAAGCUCCAGCGGCUCCUCCAGUGUGGUCUCCGUCCCACCCCAAAAACCAGUCAACCGUAGGACCAUAAUUAUCUCAGACGACGAAGAUGACGAGGACGAUGAGCUUGAAGACUCGCCCGUGAAACCUAUUCUCAAGCCAACUACGAACAUAGGCAAUGCGCCUACGCCUCCGCACUUCACCAAGCCUCCCAUAAAAAUGCCGGUCCCAGAGCCAUUUGUCCAUCCGCUCCAACGUCCACUUCCUCCUCCAGUAGAGAAGCACCAAUAUCAGCCUUUCAAGCCUCAGGCCCGCCAGGAAGUUGAAAUCGACGAUGGUGAAGACGAGCACAUCGCUGUCCCCGAGUUUGCGCCAGACCCUUAUGGGACAGAUAUGCUCUCUGCUAAAGACGCAGACCAGGCCUUGCGCGACUUGAUGUCAGGCAGUUACAAUGACGAAGAAACUGAAUUCGACGAAGAGGAUGCUAUUGUCCCUGCAUUCAAGGACGGAAUCAAGCUCAUGCCUCAUCAAAUUCAAAGUCGUGCUUGGAUGCGAGAACGCGAGGACCCUGCUGCCAAACGAUUCGGUGGAAUACUUGCAGAUGACAUGGGUCUCGGCAAGACUAUACAAACGUUAACGCGUAUCGUUGAAGGCCGCCCAAAGAAACGCGACAAAGAAGACGGUUGGGAUGCGCCAACUUUAAUUGUCUGCCCCCUUGCGCUCGUUGGUCAGUGGGCGGAGGAGAUCCAAAAGGUUGUCGAAGCCAGAUAUGAAGUCGUCAAGCACCAAGGACCCAGUCGAACCAAAGAUGCAAGCAAGCUCAAACGCGCCCACGUGGUUAUCACGACCUACGACACGGUCCGCUCUGAAUACGCAUCAUUUAACCCUUCUGUCGAAACCGAUAUCAAAAAGAAGGCCAAAGCAGCCAAAGCGACGUCUACUCCCCCUUCUGACGACUCGGAUGGUUCCAGCGACGCAGACCACUUCGGACGAACUCUAGCCAGCAAGGCGAAGGCGUCCGCAAAGGGCAAAAAGCCCAAAGCGAAAAUGUGCGCCUUGUUCGAUGUCAAGUGGUUCCGUGUCGUUCUCGAUGAGGCCCAUAAUAUCAAGAAUCGCACGACAAAAAACUCAGUCGCUUGUUGUGAGCUCGCAGGCAAAUUCCGGUGGUGCUUAACUGGGACACCGAUGCAAAACAAUGUCGAUGAGUUGUUCAGUCUGCUCAAAUUCCUGCGCAUCAAGCCGCUCAACAACUGGGAAGUGUUCAAUAUGCAGAUUGCGAAACCUGUGAAGAACGGGAGGGGUGCGGGGCGUGCGAUGAAGCGGCUUCAUGUGGUGUUGCAGAAAGUGAUGUUGCGGCGAACCAAAACCCAACAGAUCAAUGGCAAAGCCUUGGUGGAAUUGCCCCCGAAGACGAUCGAGGUCGUGAGCUGCAAGUUUGAUCACACAGAAAAAAUGUUCUAUGAAGCAUUGGAGGCGAAGAUGGAGGCAGUUAUGGAGAGUUUGGUCAGUAAAAGUGGUGGCAGUGCGUACAUUGGUGUGUUAUUGCUGCUUCUGCGGUUGCGACAGGCUUGCAACCAUCCAUGCUUGGUCAACAAGGACUACAAAACGGACAUCGAUGCCCUUGAACCCAAAGCCAAGACUCCAACCCAGGGGGCGAACGAGGUUGAUGUCGACGGUGACGAUCUCGCAGCAGCGUUCAACCAACUGAAUGUUGCGACCCGAAAAUGCCAAGUGUGUACACAAGAAAUUACUGCCCAAAACAAUGUUCCGGGCAAACCCUACUGCUCUGACUGCGCGCCUAUCGCCCUCCAGGCAGAACUCACUGAAGAAGACGAUGGCGCGUCUGCCAAGAUCCGCAUGAUGGUCAAGCUUCUCCGGAAAAUCGAGGGAAGAGGCGACGGUGACGAGAAGACGAUCGUGUUCUCGCAGUUCACCAGUAUGCUGGAUCUUUUGGAGCCUUUCUUGAGGAAAGAGGGCAUACGAUAUGUUCGGUACGAUGGGAGCAUGAAGCCAGUUGACCGGGAGGCCGCGUUGACCAAGAUCAAGACGAGCUUGUCGACGAAAGUUAUCUUGAUUUCGUUCAAGGCUGGAAGCACCGGUCUCAACUUGACCUGUUGCAACAACGUCAUCCUUAUGGACAUGUGGUGGAAUCCCGCGCUCGAAGACCAGGCGUUUGACCGUGCCCAUCGGGUUGGACAAGAGCGGGAGGUCCAUGUCUACAAGCUGAAGAUCGAUGACACCGUCGAAGACCGGAUUUUGCAGCUGCAAGAGAAGAAACGGAUGCUGACACAAGCGGCGCUGAGUGGCGACAAGAUCAAGAACAUGCGGCUGGGUAUGGAGGAUCUGUUGGCGCUGUUCCGGCCUGGAAGAGGCGACGAGGACGACGAUUGA